CCUCGCUCGCAUUUUUCUAGAGUUCGCCGUCGGGGGCCAAAGACUUGCUGUUAUUCAAAGAGUUAUGCUGGGUUAAAUGAAAUUUCAUAUUCAUAAUCCUACGAUUUUGCGACCGCGCCUAGUCGUUAGCUUCUCUUUCUAACCUGGUCUGCCUGGUCUGCGACUACAUACCUACUAUAGUAAAUAGCACGUAGUAGGUCGCUUGCGAGUCUUUCCUAGUGGGCUUUCGGCAGAAACCGCCAACUCCCCUUCCCGCCCACGAUUUUCCUCCCUCUCCCAGAGAUGCUUUGAUCAGGUCCUUCGAUACGUUUCACGCUGCGCGAUCGCAGUAUCAACGACAGCUACCAUAGCGACGUACUAUCAGGCAGUCAAGGACAUUGGUAGAAUAUAGAAUAAUCAUUUUGGGCAUCUUGGCUUUCCACCGAAAAUAACUACAAAUUUUGCGAUUGCGAUUUCGAUCUAGAUCUUGGCGACAAAUACAAGUUAUUGCUUUUUUGGGAAAACGGGUUAACGACCGUCAAUUCUAGAUAUGGCCAUGAUGGACCCGGGCGCUUGGAACGGGCAAGACCAGACACUGUCUUCGGCAGGCGAGGAUGACUUCCAACAAUUUCUUGAGAUGGGAGGGAUGUCUAAUCUGGGCGACGGCUUGCAAUUCGAUUUCCAAGACUUCGGAAACAACAAUGGUGCUUCGUUGAUGCACCAGCAACACGGCGAUUCCAUAGACACUCCCAUGAGUAAUUCGAACGUUCCGACAAUCAUCGCAAGAAACGACAUAGGACAGCAGAACCAGAUGUCCCCAAUGACAUCUGCUCAGAGUCACUCGGGGAUACCGUCGCAAAUGAUGCCUCCGCAUCAUACGUCCUCUGAUCCUAUCUCCGAGAUAGAUGCGCAAAUUCAGUUUCUACAGCAGCAGAGGCUUCAGCAGCAAAGGAGACAGCUUGCAGAGCAACAGAGGCAGUUUCACGAACAACAAGCAGCUUUCUACGCUCAGCAGAGAAACAUGGUGCCGCCAACCCCGCAGAGCCUCGAGAUACAGGCCGCGAAUCAAUUUUACGCUCAACAAGACCAGGCGCAUUCCUCCGGCAUGUUCGAUGCAUAUCAUCUCAAGGAGCAGCAGGAUAUGGCAUUUACGCCGCUGGUCUCUCCUGCGGUGACCCCCCUCGAACCUCACUUUCCAGUAGAUCCUGGAUUUGCUCACUCGGGGCCCUACUUCAGUCCCUUGACAUCUCCCGCGCUACACGCCCAGAAUGAGUCGACGACCUUUGAUCACAGAAACUCAGGUCACACCACUAAUUCACCCAUGGAAAUGGAAAUAGAAGUCGAACCCUCACCAGCUACCAAUAGCACGGCGAAUUUGUCGAAGAAAGUCCGCAAGAACAAUGCCACUAAGGCAAGAAAACCAAAUGUUAGACAGUCGCCAAUCACGAAACCUCAAAGAAGGAAAACCGCUUCAACCCCUGUAAUGAAUGCCCAGGCACUAAGUGAGCUGACUGAAACUCUGACCGAGAGCUCGGAACACCCAUCAAAACCAAAAUCGGACUCGGCGGCGUCGACAGAGGAGUCAGAGAAUGCUUCGGUGUCUCCAGAAGCUCUUUCCGAUAUGCCACCUCCACCUCUUCCUCCGCCCCGCUCAGCUAGACAGUCUCCGUACAUCCAGCCACAUACGAACCAGACCAACGGUAAUGCGGCACCUUUAGCAUUGCCGGGCUCUCUGGCCGGUAAACCGUCGCCCGCGACACCAGCCUCGCUAUUCAGGAUUUCACCUAAGAGCAAAUCGGCUGACUUGAAUAAUCCCGAACAAAGUGGCUCAGAACAUAUAGAAAGCUUCGAGCUUCCCGAAUCUGUUAAUUUCUCCAAACCUAAUCUACCAUCGCUCGAUACUCGACAACCAACGAAAUCACCGGCCGAAGUCGAGACGGCAAAGACAUCUAAUUUCCAACCCCUUCCAUCUCCGGUUCUCCCCAAGCCUACGCACUCGGCAACAGCAUCAGCAACUCAAAGUCCUCAACUCACCCCUAAAUCUGGAACGCCUAACCCGAGAAAAACACCGCUCAUAGCCCCGAGAGGGCCCAAGAAAAGGACGAGCGUCAGUUCAGUAUCACCAGCUCUUCGACCAAAAAUAUCGCCAAACAUCAAACCACUGCUCCCAGGAACCCCUGGUUUAUCUGCCGAAGAUUCUGCUUCAAGACUACUAGCAUCUAAGUCGAAUUAUCAGAAUAUAUUAGAGGGCAAUACCGUGCCCGGGGUUUCGUACCCGAGUGAACUAUCUACCAAUCUAACCUCAAAACGGACGUCACAUAAGAUAGCAGAACAAGGCCGUCGGAAUCGCAUCAACUCGGCACUCCAGGAGAUCGCGACGUUGCUGCCGAAGAGCGUAACUAAGGACCUGAGCGAGGGUGACGGAGAAGGCGGGAAUGGAGACAAGAAAGACGGCAAACAGUCCAACACACCGAACAGCAAAGCGAGCACGGUGGAGUUGGCAAUCGUAUACAUCAAACAACUACAACAAGAAAUAGCGGAAGCGAAUCAGAGAGCAGACGAAGCCGAAAAGAAGCUCGGAGAGAAAGCAACGGUGAGUUGACAUUAGCGGAAAGGUCAAUGCCGAGAGCCAUGGCUAUUAUUACUAAAAGUUGGUAUGUUGGUUUGUUUUUAUCUUACUGGCGCGCCGGCUUGUCGCUUUGAAAGGAAGCACCUUACGAGACAGCAUAGUCAUGG